AUGCGCUUCGGGAAGACGCUGAAGCAGUCCAUGUACGGGCCAUGGAAGGACCAGUACAUAGACUAUGCCCUUCUCAAGAGCAUCCUGCGCGAGGACCGCCCCGACGACGAGGAUGAGCCGUGGACCGAGGACGACGAGAACCGCUUCUGCGACGAGGUCUUCAACAUCCAGCUCGAAAAGGUCGCCAAGUUCCAAGCCGACAAGGUCGAGGAUCUACGCCGCCGCGUCGAUGACGCUUUUGCCCGCCUCAAGGAGCUGCCGAGUUCCCGCGGCGGGGGCGCUGAGACAGAAAAACAUCAUAAGGAACAGAGAGAUAGAGAAGGAGAGGGAGAAGAAGAGGGUGGGGGCAGGGACAAGGGAAAGGGCAGAGAUGAGGGGGAAGCAGAAGAAGAAGCACCCAAGCCGCGAAAGAAGAGCGAUGCAGAGAUACAGCGUCUGCGUGACCUAGAGGCAGAGCUCGAUAGCAUCACCAACGAGGUCAAGGAGCUCAAGAAGUACAGCAGCCUCAACUACACCGGCUUCCUCAAGAUCGUCAAGAAGCACGACCGGAAACGCGGCGACCGCUACAAGAUCCGUCCGCUGAUGCAGCUCAGCCUGGCCAAGCGGCCCUUCAACUCAGAACAAGCCUACUCACCGCUGCUGACCAAGCUGUCACUCAUGUACUUUGCCAUCCGCCAGCAGCUCGAGGACGAGCCCAGCGCCGGGCCCGAGUCCUUCCCUCCGGCCGACCCGGACAGCCAGUCCGAGACACACAAUGGCGAGCGCUACACUGCCCACAAGUUUUGGGUCCAUCCCGACAACCUUCUCGAGCUCAAGACCUACAUCCUGCGCCAGCUGCCCGCGCUGGUGUACAGCGACAAAUCGGUUAAGGACGUCGAGGUGCAGCAGGAGGACCCACGCAUCACCUCGCUCUACUUCGACAACCACAAGUUCGACCUAUACUCGCGCAAGGUCGAGCGCGAAACGGACGUGUCUUCGCUGCGUCUGCGCUGGUAUGGCCAGUUGCGCGACCGGCCCGAGAUCGUGCUCGAGCACAAACUGCUGCACGCUAACGGCACCAGCGAAGAGCGCCGCUUUGCCAUCAAGGAGAAGUACGUCAAACCGUUUCUGGACGGCGAGUACCACAUGGAAAAGUCGAUCCAGAAAAUGGAGCGACAGGGUCGGUCGCCCGAAGAGAUUGCCGCCUUCCGAUCCACUGCCGAUGCCAUCAGCGAGUUUGUCCGCGAGAACAAGCUGGAACCGGUCGUGCGUGCCAACUAUGUGCGAACGGCCUUCCAGAAGCCGGGUGACGACCGUGUCCGCAUUCUGAUCGACACCGACAUCGUCUUCAUCCGCGAGGACACUCUGGAUCGCGACCGCCCGUGCCGCAACCCGCGCGAGUGGCAUCGCCUGGACAUCGACAACGCCAACAUGACCUACCCCUUCCACAACAUCAACCAGAGCGAGGUGUCCCACUUUCCCUACGCCGUGCUUGAGAUCAAGCUGCGUGAAGACGCCGGGCGUGGCAACCGGCGAAUUGCAUGGGUCCAGGACCUGAUGCAUUCGCACCUGGUUCACCCGUGCCCGCGCUUCUCCAAGUUUGUCCACGGCACCGCUUCGCUGUUCGAGGACUACGUCAAUCGCCUACCGUUUUGGCUGAGUGACCUUGACACCGACAUCCGUAAAGAUCCCCAGGUCGCCUUUGAAGAGGAAGAAGAGCGCCGCGCUCGUCAGGCCGAAAACGAGCAGGCUGUCGGCAGCUUGCUAGGCGGCAAGAUCGCUGCUGCUACUUCUGCAUCUGCCGCUGCCCGCAGGCUCUCUCGCAGUUCGCCUGUCGCUAAGUCCUAUCUCGAGGGGCGCCUAGCUGCUGAAUCUACUCCCAAGACUCCCCCAUCGGCCACCUUCCUUUCCAACAGCAUGACCGGUGCUGGACCUGGUCGCGCUGAGGAACAGGAAGAAGAGGAGGGCGAGCCUACCGAGGACCAGCCCCUGACCCAGACCCAGUCCAAGCGUCAACGACGCCAGGGAAACACUCUUCUCAACUACGGCACCCUCUUCCCCUCCUUCACAUCCCUCACUAAAUAUUCCCGCUUCCGCCGAAUCUCCCAAUCCGCCGGUGGCCCUCCCCAAUCGCAAGCCGAGUCCCGUCGCCGCGCUUCCCUCGCCUCUUUGCCCCUGCCCCCCGGCGUCACCGAGCCGGAGGAAUGGCUCAAGAACUCCGGCCCCUUGCAGAUCGAGCCCAAGGUAUGGCUCGCCAACGAGCGAACCUUCCUCAAGUGGGCCCACAUCAGCGUGCUGCUGGGCGGUUUGGCAGUCAGCUUGUACUCGGCCGGCGGGGCCCAACACGGCGGCAAGGGCGACUUGCUCACUCAGGCGAUGGGCGUCGCGUUCUUGGGCGUGGCGGCUUUUGCCGCCGGAUGGAGUUAUUGGGUGUUAGAGAAGAGGCGGGAGAUGAUUAUUAUGAGAAGUGGUAGAGAUUUUGAUUUUGUGGUUGGGCCUUUGGUGGUCAGUGGGGCCUUGAUGGUAGCCCUGGUGGUGAACUUGGUUAUAGCGUGGAAGAGGGUAUUUGCGGGGGGUGAGGAGGGUGUUGUUGGCGGAAUUAGAGGGUUAGGAAAUGUGAGCUCCGAGGUGGUUGAUUUAAAGGUUUGA